UUUUUAUCAUUAAUUAGCUUUAAAAACAUUUUAAAAAAGAUUUAUUGGCGGUCCUCGUAUCCUCCACUCCACGUAGCUUUGAAAACAUGGAGGGUGGCGGAAUUUUAAUAAUAUUAAUUCAUUAAUAUUAUUACAAAAAUGGACCUAUGUUUCUAUCUUCCAAAACCUACAUUUCCUUCUAAUUUGCAAAUCCCAUCAAACAACUAAGAGAUAAGAGUAAAAGAAAGUGUUAUAUACCUUGUGAUCCACAAACCUCAAAGUCAGCUCCAUAUAUAUAUAUAUAAAUCCAUACUUGUCUUGUUCUUCCAGUAAGCCUUGCUUAGCUUUUGAUGAAAGAACGGCAAGAAAGCAAGGCCGAGAUGAGCUCGAGGCACGGCGGUGGAGGUUGCAAGGAGGGCAAUGGUGGUAGUAGCAGCAAUGGCAGCGGUGGACCGUGUGGGGCGUGCAAGUUUCUGCGGAGGAAGUGUACACCGGAGUGUAUAUUUGCACCUUACUUUGACUCUGAACAAGGCACGACUCAUUUUGCAGCCGUGCACAAAGUGUUCGGAGCUAGUAAUGUGUCGAAGCUGCUUCUGCAUAUUCCUGAACACAAGCGCCUCGACGCAGCUAUAACUAUAUGCUACGAGGCACAAGCUCGUGUUAGAGAGCCAGUUUUUGGUUGUGUUGCUCAUAUCUUUGCCCUUCAACAACAGGCUGCGAGGUUGCAAGUAGAGCUUGCAUACUUGCAAGCGUACCUAGCAGCAUCUGAGCUUUCAAGAACAGCACCGCAUCCACAGGCACAGCCACAAGAUCUGGUCAAGCCAACAAUACCCUCAAUUGUAAGCCUUCCAUUAGAUUGCUCUUCUUUGCCUUCUGCUGCAUCAGAUCUUUCACUACUUAUCGAUCCUGUGGAGCAAGCUUCGCCGGCAAAGUUGCAGUCUCCAUUGGAAUUCUGUCAAAUUAGAAGCAACAAUUUCCCAUCCAUGGGCAGCAUUGAUCAACAAAUUGUCCAAAAACAACUCUCCACGAUGCAACGCAUCGGUGCCUCGCUAUUUCCGUACGUCCCUAAAGGAGCCUAACUGGUGAUUGGACUGCUAAUAAUCUCAGGGUUCUUCCUGCUGAUCAAUAAGUUAAACUUCAGCUUACUUAUAUCAUGUUUUGAUCAUCAUGAAGGUUUCAAUAACAAGCUUGUAAAACUCUUUUCUCGUCUAUUUCUAUUUGAAAAUUAUGCAACCACUACCCUUAAAAGCAGAAAUGAAGCAGAAAUUUGUGUUCUUUAUACUUCAAUUCACAUGGCAAAAGUGAACUUUGCAU